AUGGCUCGCAAAGGCAGCCGCAAAGUCCGAACGGGAUGCAUAACCUGCAAGAUCCGCAAAGUCAAGUGUGACGAGACAAAGCCAGCAUGCACCCGCUGUCUGUCUACCGGGCGCAAAUGCGAUGGCUAUCAACAACCGCCACCAACAGCCAAGGCAGUCUUGGAGGUUCCAACGAGCCAACCACACCGUGUAUUCUAUGGUGUCACUAGCCAGACCGAGGGCCGAGCGCUGCAGUAUUUCUGCGAGACUGUUGGCCCCUUUCUUUCCGGCACCGUGGACCCCUACUUUUGGACGCACAUUGUCAUGCAGUUCAGCACGUUCGAGCCGUCCGUCAGGCAUUCUCUCGUCGCCAUCAGCAAUUUAUACGAACAAAUCGAAGGCUCCCCGCAGCCGCAGCGCCGCCUACACUUGCAAGACCAGAGCUUUGCCCUGCAACACUACAACGCUGCCAUCAACGAGCUCAAGGCCAUCCAGACACGCGACAAGCAGCCUAUCGUGCUAAUUGUGUGCGUGUUGUUUAUUUGCAUCGAGUUCCUGCAGUCAAACCGCGAAGCCGCCGUGAGACACUGCAAACAUGGUGUUGCGAUUCUACGAAGCGUGUGCCGAGACUUUUCGUGGAUGGAAGAGCAUCUUCUCCCCUUAUUUCGAAGACUCGUCGAGUUGUCAUUUUUCUUUGGGGAGAAGUCAGAUUGCUCGGACCUCGAGGGGCUGGAGCGCCCGAUCCCGGAGUAUUUCCCGACAUACCAUGACGCCCAGCUGAUGAUCGAUGACAUCUACAAUCGCAAUUUCCAAUUUGUGAAGCGUCUAGAUCCUUAUCGAUCUGGGCUUGCUAGGGACAGCCCUGUGCCUGGACAUAUCCUCGACUCACAAAGCCAUAUUAACCAUCUGCUGGAUGUAUGGCAUGGCCUUUUUUCUAGUCUGAACAGCCGAGUACUGUAUGACCCAGUCGCAAAAGACGUUGAGGACGACCGGCAAAAGCUACUACGAGGGUUUCUCAUCACGCGAUACGAAUGCUGCAGGAUAUGGUUGAACCUCGCUCUUUGCGGCGAUGAAUGCGGUUUUGACCAAUACCUGGACAACUUCAAAAGGGUUGCAAAGGCUUUGAAGGACACGGCCGAUGAGAUCUUGCCUGACACGCGGCUACGACACCUGUCCAGCUUGUCACCAAAGUUUUCAUUCGAGACUGGGUUCUUGCCCAUGCUGUUUUCGAUCGUCUGUACAUGUCGCCAUUUCGAUACGAGGUUGCAGAUUCUGCAGUUGAUGCCCUUGCUGAGCCUUCCGCGUGAAAGUUUGUGGGAAAUGGACAGCUUGGUCGCGGUCGCCCGGAGGAUGGUUGAGAUUGAACAUUCGAUCGUACUGGAUGCUUACCUGAGACCGACGACUCUCCCGCCAACACCUUGGCCUCCUAGAAAUACCAGAGUCAUCGACGUGUCUAUGGAUGCGGAAAAUGAGCAAAGAUGGGUCCGAGGAGAGAGGGUGACAGGGAAGGUGGUUGGGUUUCACCAACGGAACCCAGACAGCGGCGUGGACCUCUUCACCGAAUUUGUCGUCAUACGAAGUUCCCCGCCCGAGGAAGAGGUUCCGGUGAAGAGGAGAGCUCUAAUCAAGAAUGAUAAUUCGAACCCGAAGGCUCCACAGGAGCCUAGAUGGAUUGAGCCUGCGCUGAUCGACCCACGAUUGAUAGAAGCAGAUCAGUUUCUUGUCGAGCUUGAGUCUCAGCGAACAGAGAUGCCAAAAUCACGGAUGAAGUCUGUGGCCGGUGCUUACUCGUGGGAUGAAUAG